CCGCCUUGGCUUCACUUUCCAGACCCGACCAAAUGCCUCGUCCGCCUGUCACGGGCGGCCCGGUGUUGUCUUCUUCUUCUUCUCUUCUCCCACGCGGCCCCUCGGGGUUCAUCCGUGGUUCCGUCCAAGAACUUUAACCCUUUCACGCCCCGGUUUGAGGUCAUUAAAGUUGAUUGUCACGGUUCGGAUUGCCGUGUGAGAUGUCUUGUUCGGCCUACGGUUGUACCAAAAGACAUGCCAAGGGGUCGGACGUUAAUUUUUUCAGGUUUCCUUUUGGCGAUAAUGCAAGGCUGAACCAGUGGCUGCUGAAUGUGCGAAGAAAGAACUGGAUCCCAUCUAAAAGUUCACGUCUGUGCAGUACACACUUUAAGGAGGAUCAGUUCUUCAUAGACAAUGAGGGCAAGAGGAGGCUGAAGGAGACUGCUGUGCCUACUAUUUUUGUCUUUCAAAACCAUUGGUUGAUCGAGGAUGUAACAAACGCGAUCACACAGACCAGGAGGCUGAGUUUAAAAACCAACAUCGUUGACGAACCGUAUCACAACAUCCUCAAUUUGGAGCAAGCGCCCAUCGAGGACGAUGACGACGUCGUCAACUACCCCGUGGACGUCGUCCUCGACGACGACGACGACAUCGUCAGGGUGAUCGUCGGCGGUGAAGGCGAUGAGGUCAUUUCCGACAACGAUACAGAGGGUUCGACCAGAAUUACUCCGCAAUCCGCUCUGCGUGAUCACAGCUACCGGAGCCUGAAACCGGAGCAGAUCUACGUGGACACCGAUCACAACUACAUUGUUUCCGGUUCUCCCAGGACACUGAAGCGUAAAGUGGACGCAGUACAAGACCAGCUGGUCCUGGCUCACAAAAAGCUGAAGUUAAAGUGCCAGGAGACGAGGCGAAUGAAGUCCAGACUCUCGUCCAUGAAGAAUCUGACCAAGACUCUAAAGAAAAAGUUGAAUGCGGUUGAAAAAUCUCUUGCAGCGGUUCACAAGUAACGGAGGUGCCUGAGGGGCUGUGAGCUCAGGGCUACGGGGACGAAGCUGCACUCACAAGUCUGUCCGUGAUAAAGGUCUCUUGUAGAGAUGCACUAAUUGCAAUUUUCAUGGCUGAUUACCAGUUUUUCGUUUUUAAAGAAGUCACUAUUUAUAUUAUUCCGUUUUCCAUCACUGUCUCCGAGCCGUCAUGUACGUGGAAGCCAUCCUUCCACAAACUUUCAAAAGAAUUGUAAAUAAAUUAUUGUAUUUUAUUUAAGAUUUUCUCUGUAUUUUGUUAUUUGAUAAAAAUAAAAAUAAAUCUUGUCAGUGUUUUUAGUUGUGUUAGGUUGUAAGCUGCUCAUAGCUAAGUUUCAUGAUUAGAGCACACAGGGCUCUACUUUCCUAAUAAUGCUAUAAAAACAUAUUUAAACAACUGUAUUUAAUUGUUUCUCCCGAAGAAUACAUUUUACAACAUUACAAUAAACCACAACUAUUGUGUUACUUUUGGCCAAUAGUCUUUAAUUUGAUCAACAAA